ACAAGGUUGUUGGUCUAGAUAAAGAAUACUUCCCAAGUGAUAUUGAUCUCGAGCGGUACUAUUUUAAGUAUACACCUUUUAUCACAGGGCUAUUAACAACAUGUUGUUUAGUGGAUCGUUACUACAACCCUUAUAUCGGCGUGUUCCAGGAAGAUUGUACUCCGUGGGUGGGUCAUGUUCAGGAACAUCGACAACUGGAUAUGGCAACUAUACCGGCAUUGUUGGACACCGUCGAAGUACCUGGAAUAUUACCACACCAUCGCAUCAUCCAUAUGGUCAGGAUAUUACAAUAGAUGUCUAUACACUCCGAUUUCCUAAGGGUCGGUUAUAUUUUUCAUCAUUUUCCGAUAAGCUCCCGAGGAGUAGUGAAUAUGACCAUGCGUAUAUAAAAGCACUUGAGGAACGAAUAUCAAAGCAUGCAGCAGCGGCUGUUGCGGAAUAUCUAGACCAACAGCGAGCGUCGAACAAAAACAAAACACGUAUUAGCACUGCUGGUAUUGUGUUAUUAGUGAUCCUGGCAUGUGGAAUGACAGUUUUAUACGUGGAGAGUGUACGUCAAUCUGUAUCAGCGGCUACAGGUAAUGCCGCUGGGGGAUUAUUAUACAGUAAAACAUUCCUAGACCAAUCACUGCGCUUUUUGGAUAAAUUGGCGCAAGACUUUCUGAAUGACCCAGCCACUGAAAAGCUUCUAUGCAAGAAGAUUGAGGAGUUGCUUGUCAAAUCGCAAGACGCCAUAAAUCAAAUGGUAAUGCGCGUUCUAAAGGAUGAAGGUGUUGUUAACAUGGCCUAUGAGCUAAGUUGUGACGUGUCGGAGAUGCUGUGCAAGGACCCGGAAAUUAUCCAACUAGUAGGGCAGCUGCUGCUGGAUGCAAUUUACACCGAAACUGCCGUUGACGGAGCUGCUAAAUGGGUGGUUGCAUUAACGGAGCGAGAGGAUGUAUCUGCUUCUCUAGAAAAUUUAAUAUGUAAUCGUGUUUUCGCAGAUGCCAAGAUACAGUUGGAAGCGCUCAAUUUCUGCAAGGACGUGACGGCACGAUUCCUUAGGGACCAAGAGACUAGAAGGGAGUCUCUCGCGUUUCUCAAGUCACUUCUCGAGCGACCAUCACUUCAAGCACAGAUAUCACAGGCUCUACUUGGUGUGGUUAAACACAGCAUAUACCCACGAUGGCUAAUGACACAGGAAGGAACUACUAUCACAGGACUCCCAAAGCAAAUAGAAAGGAGUGACAAGCCACUGGAGCACACCUCACCUGAAGCGUUGCGUUUUUUCUAGGAAAACAAUGAUCACACCACCAAGCCAUAA